AUAAAAAGAAACAAAAAACAACAAAAACAAAUAGCCGAAGAGCAGCCCCCACCUUCGGAAUUUCCAUCAGCAGGGGGUCUCAACAGCUGCUAUCCAAGGUACAGAUAAACAACCCGUCCAUUUUUGGGUUUCAGAUUUAGAAGAGAGUUGAACCAAACAUGAGGCAAUCUUUCUUCUCCUCCCCUAUCUUCUUCUUUCUUGCCAUUCUAUUUCUAGCCAAGGUUGAUGCUGAUAUCGUCAAUGAAACAUGUCAAAAAGCUUCUCAGGUUGACAAGGAAUUGCAGUAUGACUUCUGUGUUGCGGCUCUUGGAAAAGAUCCCAAGAGCCACAGUGCAGACCUCCAGGGGCUAGGGAUCAUCUCAAUGGAAUUGAUGAAAGAGAAAGCAACAAAGAUUGGUUCACACAUUAAGGAGAUCUUGAAUGAUACAAAAUCCGGUCCAGUUUUUAAGCGUUGCAUACAGAGUUGUGACGAGCGUUACGCCGACGUACAGCUUUCUACAAAUCAUGCAAUUGAAGCCUUCAAAUCUAAGAAUUACAAGGAAGCUAGUAGCCAAGUGAGUGCCACGUUGACUAAUGCUGGGACUUGUGAAGACGUGUUUGCGCAGACUCUCGAUCACCUAAAAUCUCCUUUGACAGCAGAGUAUAAUGAUUUGUUUCAGUUGAUUUCAAUUGCUGGGCAAAUUAGCUUUGUUUUGACAUGACCGUAACUAUGGAUGCAGCUGUUAUUUUAUCUAUAAAUAAAAGAUCCACUUUUGCUGAUA